AUGUCAUCGAUAGUAGUUGAAUUACCUAAUAUUCGUUAUUGUACAACUCUUUUAUCGGCAGAAUUAUCACCAGAUAAUAAAGUACUUAUUAACAAAGAUGAAGCACAUUUUGUUGAUCAGCUAACUGAUCAACUCAAUCCGUUUCAAUGGGUUUAUGGAAAUGUUCGUUCUAAUGCCCCUAUUGUUAUUUGGUGUGGUCCGCAACAUUCAUCCUUGAGAAUUGCAUUGAUUACAUAUUUAACAGUUGAAGAUAUAACUCUGAUACUUUUUUCAGUAGAAGAACAUUUGUGGCAAUGGUUGGAUUUAAAUUCUUCGUUAACAGUUGCUUCUCUCAUUCUUCAACCAGCUAUUCGUAGUCAAGAACUUAUUGCUCGAAGUCAUACUUAUGUUGGUAUUCGUUCGAUUCUUGUCCGCUGUAGGACAAAUGAUUUGACAAUAAUACAACGAUCUUCAAGAUCUUAUUCAAAAGUUGAUGGGGUUUUUGAUGAUGACACUCGUCUUUUGAUAAAAUUAGUGGUUGAUCUUGUACUUUUUUCUGAAGAACUAGGAGAUCAACAAAGAGAAGACGACGACAAUGAGAUGGAGGCCCAAAAACACUAUGCACGAGCACUUAAAUUGUGUGCGUUAGUUAGAAAAUUAUAA